AUGUUGGUUGAAUCAUUUCUUAGGUUAAAACUUAAGAGUAGUAGUGGUAGUGGUAGCGGUAACAGUGAUGAUGAUAUUAAUGGAUACAAUAUAAAUUUAUAUUAUAUUUUAGGAAUUAUAGAUGGAUUACUAUUCUUAUGGGCAUUAUUCCAAUUAAUUAGAAUACUCAUAUAUAGUAGAAAUGGUGCAAAAAAUUUAAAACCAAAACUUAUUUUUCAUUUUAUCAUUGCUGUUACAAUGUUAGUAAGAAGUGGAUUCUUUUUUUCAUCACAAAAGAUUAAUAACUAUGAUAUUGUUCUUAUUUGGUAUGAGGUAUCAAGUAUGUUAUUGUUUGUAGGAUAUGGUUGUUUAUUAUUAUUUUGGAUGGAAUUAUAUUCAAGAUUCUCUCAACCAUUUACAACGGCAAAAGAUUUUUGGAAUAUUUGGAUACCAAGAGUAGUGGUAUUCACAACGAUAAUGGUUUUAGCUUUGGUUGGUUGGAUUGUAACCUUAACAAUAUGGGGUAAAACUGAAGAUAGAAGAUUAUUAUUAGAUCAAAUCAUUGAAGGUAUAAUUAGUGGAUUGUUUUUAGUUGCAGGAUUUGGUUUCUUAAUUUAUGGUAUCUUAUUAUUUGUAUCAUUUAAAAAAUUAGAUAAACAUAAUAAAAUUAUAAAUAGUAAUAAUAUUAAUAAUAAUAAUAAUAAUAAUAAUAAUAAUAAUAAUAAUAAUAAUAAUAAUAAUAGUAAUAAUAUAAUAAUACCGAAUGGUAAUAAUAAUAAUGAAAUUAAUAAUAAUAAUAAAAUAAAUAUAAGUGGUGGUAUAAGUAGUAGUGGUAAUAAUAAUAAAGGUCAUCAUUUAUUAAUUAAUAAUAAUGGAAGAAAAAGAAAAGGUAUAUUACAAUCACCACCAGAGGCGAUUAGAGCAGCAGUUGUUGGUAGUAUUUGUACAGUUUGUUUUUGUAUUAGAUCGAUUAUCACAUUGUACAGUAUUCGUGAAUCGAUUAAUGAUCCAAAUCAGUCUGGUACAACAUCAUUUAAUUUGGGUUGGGAAUUUGAAUUGGCUUAUUUCUUUAUGACUGAAAUUUUACCAACAGUUUUAAUGAUGUUUAGGUUAAGAAAAAUGAAAAAGAAGAGAGCUUUAUUAUUAAGUGAUCCACAACAACAGCAACCUCAAAAUAAUAGAUAUUCAUCUCAAUAUUCAUUAUUAACAUCUGCUUCAUUUAAUCAUCUUGUAAAAUCAAAUAAAAAUAAUAUUAAUAAUAAUAAUAAUAAUAAUAAUAAUAAUAAUAAUUACCAUAAUAAUAUUAACUCACCAUUAAUAUUAAAACAUGAUGAAUAUAAUAAUUAUUCUUCCUCAUCUUCUUACUCAUCAUCAAAUAGUGAAUCUGAUGAAGAGUCUUCCUCUGAAUCUUCUGCAAUUCCACCAUCUUACAAAACUACAAUAUUACAUCAAUAA